CUUCUCUCACCAUUUUCCCCCUUUCUCUCUCCUUUAGGGCUUUCCAUCUAUCCGAAAACCCUAGAAAUCAAACCAUUUCCUAAUUUCCCCUUCAAAAUCAUCCCAUUUUUCUCACCGAUCUAACAAUUCCAGCCAUGGGUAGGGGAGACGAUUACGAAGACGACGAUGAUAUAGAGCCGGAGGACGGUGAUGAGUACGGCGAAGAUCUGUACGAAGAAGAACCUGAAGAAGAGGAUGAGGAUGAUGACUAUGGAGGCCGUGGUGGCGGCGGCGGAAAAGGAGGUAAGGGAAGCGUAAAGAAGCGGCAGAGAUCAGAUUUUAUUGACGAUGUUGCGGAGGAAGACGAUGAUGAGGAGGAAGACGAAGAAGUUUAUGCUCGUGGGCGCCGCCAUAAAAAAAGCCGUGGCGGUGGUUUUAUUGAUGAUAUUGCAGCAGAAGUUGAUGACGAUGAAGAAGAAGAGGAGGAUGGAGAAGAUGAUUUCAUAGUAGACACCACAACAGAUGUUGUUGAGGAUGAGAGACGGAUGCAUCGACGACCUUUGUUGUCAAGAGAGGAGCAGGAAGAAGAUGUUGAAGAUCUUGAAAGGAGAAUACAGGAAAGGUAUGCUCGGUCAAGUCAGUCAGAGUAUGAUGAAGAGACCACAGAUGUAGAGCAGCAGGCCCUUCUGCCAUCUGUUAGGGAUCCCAAGCUGUGGAUGGUGAAAUGCGCGAUUGGGCGUGAGAGGGAGGUUGCCGUGUGUCUCAUGCAAAAGUGUAUUGAUAAAGGAUCUGAGUUGCAAAUUCGUUCUGUUGUAGCCCUUGAUCACCUGAAGAAUUUUGUAUAUGUCGAGGCUGACAAAGAAGCCCAUGUUAGAGAGGCCGUCAAGGGUAUGCGCAACAUAUAUCCAAGCAAAAUAUUACUGGUCCCAAUCAAAGAAAUGACUGAUGUUCUUUCUGUUGAAACUAAAGCAAUCGACCUUUCCAGGGACACCUGGGUGAGGAUGAAAACUGGGACCUAUAAAGGAGAUCUUGCGAAGGUAUUGGAUGUGGACAAUGUGCGACAAAGAGUUACAGUGAAGUUGAUUCCAAGGAUAGAUUUACAAGUUCUUGCUAAUAAGCUGGAAGGUAGAGAUGUUGCGAAGAAAAAAGCAUUUGUUCCUCCGCCUAGAUUUAUGAAUACAGAGGAAGCUAGGGAUCUGCACAUCCGUGUUGAGCGAAGAAGAGAUUCUAUGACAGGGGACUACUAUGAAAACAUUAAUGGAAUGAUGUUCAAGGACGGAUUCCUGAUUAAAUCUGUAUCCAUAAAAUCAAUAAGUACUCAGAACAUACAACCUACUUUUGACGAGUUGGAGAAGUUCCGACAUCCUGGUGAAGGUGAUGGUGACAUUGGUAGUUUGUCAACCUUAUUUGCGACUAGAAAGAAAGGGCAUUUCAUGAAGGGUGAUGCUGUUAUUGUUGUUAAGGGAGAUCUUAAAAAUCUAAAGGGAUGGGUUGAGAAAGUUGAGGAUGGAAAUGUCCACAUAAGGCCAAAUGAGAAGGGCCUCCCGAAAACACUUGCUAUAAAUGAAAAAGAUCUCUGCAAAUUUUUUGAACCAGGGAACCAUGUUAAGGUUAUUUCUGGUUCUCAUGAAGGUGCAACUGGUAUGGUCGUGAAGGUUGAUUUCCACGUGCUGAUAAUAAUAUCUGAUACGACUAAAGAAGAUGUACGUCUGUCUUGCUUUGUUUCAUUGUGUGUGCUCACCAUAGGUGACAAAAUUCGGGUCUUUGCUGACCAUGUUGUUGAAAGUUCUGAAGUGACAACAGGUGUCACAAAAAUUGGGGGUUUUGAGCUCCACGAUCUUGUGUUGUUAGACAAUGCGACCUUUGGUGUAAUCAUACGAGUAGAAAGUGAAGCUUUCCAGGUGCUUAAAGGGGUCCCAGAUCGUCCGGAGGUGGUGCUAGUGAGGUUGAGAGAGAUAAGAUCCAAAAUUGAUAAAAAGUUGUUUGCUCAAGAUCGAUCAAAGAAUCCUGUAGCUGUGAAAGAUGUUGUCAAGGUUCUUGAGGGCCCUUGCAAGGGGAAACAAGGCCCGGUUGAGCACAUUUAUAGAGGAGUCCUAUUCAUAUUUGACCGACAUCAUCUUGAGCAUGCUGGGUUUAUCUGUGCUAAGUCUCAGUCAUGUCUGGUUGUUGGUGGCUCGAGAGGAAACAGAGAAAAAAUGGGUGAUCCGUUGUCGUAUUUGAGAACUCCACAACGAAUUCCGCAGUCUCCUGGAAGACUACCUCCAAGGGGUCCUCAAUCAGAUUUUGGAGGAAGGGGUAGAGGUGGUGGCAGGGGGCAUGAUUCUCUCAUAGGGACUACAAUUAAAAUACGCCUUGGACCUUAUAAGGGUUAUCGAGGACGUGUGAAGGAUAUUAAGGGUACAACUGUGCGAGUUGAGUUGGAGUCUCAGAUGAAAGAGGUCACAGUUGAGCGAAGUUAUAUAUCAGAUAAUGUGACGGUGACAACCCCAUACCGGGAUACAUCGCGAUAUGGUAUGGGCAGUGAGACUCCUAUGCAUCCUUCUCGUACACCAAUGCAUCCAUACAUGACUCCUAUGAGAGAUGCGCGAGCUACUCCCAUUCAUGAUGGUAUGAGGACACCCAUGCGCGAUCGAGCAUGGAACCCAUAUGCUCCAAUGAGUCCAGCGAGGGAAAACUGGGAGGAUGCAAAUCCUGCUUCUUGGGGAUCAAGUCCACAAUAUCGGCCUGGAAGUCCUCCCUCGAGAACAUAUGAUGCCCCUACUCCAGUAGGCUGGGCUUCAACUCCCGGUGGCAAUUAUAAUGACCCUGAGACCCCUAGAGACGGUAAUGCUCCAAGUCCGUAUUUGCCAUCAACACCUGGUACGCAGCCCACGACACCAAGUUCUGUAUCGUAUUUACCUGGUACUCCUGGUGGGCAACCGACAACUCCUGGGGGUGGUGGCCUUGAUAUGAUGUCUCCUAUGAUAGGUGGUGAAAACGAAGGAUUGUGGCUAUUGCCUGACAUUUUGGUAAAUGUUAUCAAGUCAGGUGAUGACUCCAUGGUGGGAGUUGUGCAGGAGGUGCUUCCGGAUGGUUCUUGCCGAGUUGCACUCGGAACUAGCGGCAAUGGUGAGGUGAUAACAGCUCUUCCAAAUGAAAUUGACUUGAUACCUCCAAGGAAAGCAGAUAAAAUCAAGAUAAUGGGAGGUGCACAACGAGGGUUUACAGGUAAAUUGAUUGGGGUGGAUGGUGCCGAUGGAAUUGUAAAAGUAGAUGAGUCACUCGAUGUUAAGAUUUUGGAUAUGGGUAUUCUGGCGAAGUUGGCAUAACCUUGAUGUGACUUAUUUGUUUUUUUUAAGAUAGUGUAAAUUUUGUUCAAUGAAACACAAUGUAUAUUUUUAGCUAGAUCAAUAGAGAUGGUUUAUAGGUCUUUAUUUGUACUGCUUGUAGCCUUGUAUACCAGCCUAAUUUUUUUUGACUCGAUUGCGAUAAUUAAACACUA